AUGCUUAGAAUUUGGAACAAUGAACAUGGCCAAAGCAAGAGUGCUGGUGGCGAGCAAGGAUAGGAGGCUAGUGAUGUUACGACUGAAGGCUUUGAUGAAGAACAUGGAUGAGGCUUUGGCGAAGAACAUGGAGGAGGCUCCGGCGAAAAACAUGGAAGAGGCUCCAGUGAAGGACAUGGAGGAGGAUCUAGUGAAGAAUAUUAACAAAGCUCUAGCGAAGUUUAUACUAAAGUGCAACGAAAAAAGAACAAAGGCAAGUGCAGCUCAAAACUUCUACCUUUUGUAUAGAUGUAGACAAGAGGAGAAUAGGAAACUUGAAUUUUGGACGCUAAACACAUGGUGCCGACACUGUGAAUCAUGUAUCGACAUUACAGCUGUGUUGGAUAAAGGCAUGCCAUACUUGGUUGUGGCUUUAAAAGAAUCCAUUCCCAACAAAGACGAGAUAAAUGUUGAUGAACCAGUCAAGAGCAUAUUGAAGAAGGCUGUUAGCUCUAGAAAAAUCAUGUCUAAAGACAAGUCUUCCUUUGUUCCAGCCAAGUUAAGUGAUAUAGACAACAUGCACAACAAGGCUAAGAAAGUAAUGAUUGAGAAUGCCUCCAAAAAUCUUUACGCAACUGUGAGGAUGAAAGUAACUCCCUUUGCUGAGAUGGCGUACCUUGACAAAGGCAAGUUCAACAUGGCUGGGAGCGACAUGGCUGGCAACUGGGAUGAGCAGAUUGACAAGCUAGCGAAGCAUGUUGAAAAUGUGCAAAAUUCCUUGGUUGAUAAGAAAGAGCUAAUGCUUAAGCUAGCGAAGUUGCCCAAUGAAGUCGCCUAGCGAAGUUGCCCAACGAAGUCACCUAGCGAAGUUACUUAGAUAAGUCACCCACUUCGUCAAAAUUGUGUUGAAACAACCAAUAAUAUGGUGAUGAGCCUAGUCCAUUUGUCAUAUGAGUAGCCAUGUUCUUCAGCCCCCAAUGUUGAUGCACUUCGUCAAAGUAGUAGAAGUACUCAUCAAGUGUAAGAAUAUUGCUAGCAAGAAAUACUAGCCUUAGAA